GUAAGAAGAGAAUGAGACAAGAGGUUACGACCCCUUGCUUACGUCAUCUAGGUGUGUCUGCGUAGGCGUGAAAGGAACACUCCAGGGAUUGAUUGUUUUUCAAGUGCCCGCGCGCUGAUUGGCCUGUUGUGUCACAAACAUUUACCACCUAUCGUUAACCUGUCAAUGUGAGGCCCACCUCUUCUCGCACAAUUUAGACACUUGAUGUAUAAAGCUGAGCGCCACGGCACUGGAACGUCAGUUGAAUUAAAACUUGAAUAGAGCUCAGGCUUUACCGUAGAGAGUUGAAUUUUCGAACGGAUAUUGGUUUGUUUCAAAUCAUCGCCUUCACCGGAACAUCUAUAAAACUUACAACUGACGAUCUGUGGAAGUGCUCUAAAUUUUUUUUAUCAAGUUCUUCGAGCCAGCCAGCUUCGAAGGAUUUAUUUUAUACAUUCCGAUACUCGCGAUUUUAAACGAUCGACUCGUCUUGUUGCCAAAGACUUUACAUUCCUCUUCAAAUCACUACUAAGAUACACACGGUGAGUAUUACUUCGAACUGACUAACUUGACGCAUGAGAACUUGAAAUUAAAUCACUGGAUCACUGUAGCAUUCUUUGGUUACUUAUGAUUCAGUUAACUUUGAUUUACCUAAUUUUUCUCUGUGCGCAUUUGUUGUUGUUUUAGAUUCAUAACACCAUGUACGGACUAAGCAGUGAACACAACGUUGUACCCGACCCAUCAGUUUAUGCCCAGGUUGGUUAACGCUCCUUUGGUAUGACUUAACUAAUUAUAUCUUGCAUCACUGGUGCCCUAUUCGAUUCUAACGUGAGGUGUGAAAACUUUUGUUUAAGUUUUUACCGGUAGGCGGAAAGUUUGCAUUUCGGAUAUUUUUCCCUAUUUUUAUUAUUUGGUAUGAUAUUAAAGGACUGCUGAAGUUUAGCAAUAUCUUUGAAAACAUGAAAUAGUUCAGUUCACCGUAAAUCUCUGCUCCGUGUGAAGGAAUGCCGCACUAAUUGUUUGCUUUAAAUGUGUUAAUGUCUUGCUUAAUGUGGCUUGGUAGGACUUGACUUUCCGAUUCGCCAAAUUGUUAAUACCGAGCCUCGCGCUCGAAAGAUUUUUGUAUGGCAUGUCUUAGGUUAGGAGCAUGUUUUAAUUUUGCGUGAAUUGAAGACUGAGAAAACCGACUAGCGCUUUCAAAACUUAGGAUGACGAAGGAGUUGUUGCGGUUGAGAAGACGGCAUUGUUCCGUUAGCAUUACGUUGAAACAAGAAUUAAAACUCUUGUAGUAUCAGCCAGUCUGAAUCCUUUUCACAACAAAACGUAAGUUAGGAAAAAGGACUAAACAUUCUCACCAUCUUCACGAUGCACAACACUUUUUAAUAAAAACAGCUUUCAUCAUUGUUUAUCUCUACCAUUCUAGUCUGGUAAUAACUUUUUUUUCGGCGGCGCUGGUUUUGUUUGUAAAUCUAUGAAUCAUUUGAUGCUUGUUUUCAUUAUAUCUUCUGUGCUUUCAUCUUUUUAGGAGUUGAUUUCAGAUGAUCAAUCGCUCUUCGAUUCCUCAUUCAAUGACCCCUACAAGCCGCUGAAACCAGCGCACAAAAGCGAUGGCAAUUACUUCAACAAAAAGCGACCUUUAGAGGCUGAACUGGACGAGCCACUCGCUAAAAGACCUUAUGUACCAAACAACGACUUCGCCGAGAGAAACUCGCCCUCCCCUCUCCCACAAAAUUUAUCGCACGAGAAGCGAGUCAUCGUGCCAGCUGGUGAGUUUAAGCACAUUCAACAUGUCAAAUUUUGUCUGAGAGUUCUCGACACUACGACACACCCAGAGAUCGUGUGUCAUUGAUAGAUCGGCUGAAACAUGCCUCGGCUCGUAUUUCACCCACAACUCUCUACCUUUGGGUCUCUGGGAACUAUUUGCUGCUAAAUAAACCGCACCCCUGUUAUGUGUCUUAAUGACCCCGACAUGGCGUAUGUGACUGGAAAUCAGGCGAUUAUGCUUUAACCACAGAACAUCGUAAUUUUAGCGAUAAGGCUUCAGGCACGAAAUGGGUUAUGAAAUCUUUUGGCUUUCGAAACAAAACUUGAAUUUCAACUAUUCAGAGAUAAUGUUCAAGAUCAGCAUCAACCGGAAGAGUCAAAUAUAGAGAGCCUAAUUUUGAGAAUAAACGGAACUUUCCUGCUGAGAGAUUUGGGAUGCCUUUUUUUACUUAACUAUGGGUAUUUAGGCCGAAAGAUGUGUUUUGAUAAUUUGAAGUUAAUUAUAUUCUCACUGAAAGGUUCUUUUCUUCUCUCAGAGAAAGCUUACCUUUUAACCAUUUUGUUUAUUGCUGAAAAAAAAAUGACAAACAUUCCUAAUAUAGGCCUUGGGCAUGAGUUUGCCGGCAAAGAAUUAUCAAUUGGGAAUUAUCUUGAAGAUUUAAAGGAUGAAACCUCAUAAAAGAAACCGCUACUCGAGGGAUUGAGCGAAUGUUAGAAAUGCGCUUUAGAAUAUGCCUGUUGUUUACUAUCUAGCGCCGAAUUGGUGGGAUUAUAGCGCUAAAUCUUUAUUUCUUUAUUUUUCCUUCGUUAAGACCCUCUGUGCUGGACUAAAGAACAUGUACGGCAGUGGAUACAGUGGGCAAUUAAAGAAUUUAGUCUUAAAGACAUCGAUUCUGAAAGGUUUAACAUGGAUGGCAAGGAACUUUGCAAGUUGACAAGAGAAGGUUUCAUGAAGCUAGCUCCAGCAUACAAUGGAGAUAUUUUGAUGGCACAUCUGUGUGUGUUGAGAAAAAGUAAGUGAAUGCCUCACUAACAGUUGAUUCUUUUGCGGUCCUAAAUCAGUUUGAAAAAAAAAACAAUAGAAAAAAAGACUAUUAAGAGACCACAGGGUACAGUCCCUUGAAUGAAUUUAUUUAUCAUGUUCAAUGAAAGCACUUAGAUUUUGCGCUGUGGGUGGAAGAUCGUCAAUUAGAUUAUUUUUUAAAUCCUAUUUGGCCAUAGGCGUGCGUUUGAAAAUGGAUACAUAGACUAACUCCAUGAAACAUGCACGCAAGGCACUAAAUAGGUUAAAUACUUUUGCUCUUUUCUGUGGCAAAAAUAUAUUUUGUAACUUUGGUUUACAAAGUACUUAUCAAUUAUUUCUUAUUUUCUUUUAGCUCCUCUUCCAAAUUUGACAUCUGAUGACAUCGAUAACGCACUCGCCCCCGCAUCGUCUCAAGGUAAUUGAACAAUCUUUGUAUUAUUUUGAAUCCUUAUAUAUAUCUUAUCCAUAAUCUUUGGAGUGUUAUUUUAACAAGCCCGUUCCCCCGUGAAGAUCUUGACUGCGAAAACCCGAGUUGAUACCUAAAGUUUAAUUUAAACCUUUUCAGAUAGGCUUUAUUUGACCAACGGAGUAGGCAAAUAAUCAACUAAUCAGGUUUCUAACCGUGUUCUUUAUCUUCUCUUCAGCUUCCUACCACGCCCCUUCUCCGCCACUUUUUGAUUCAAGACAGCACCCAGUUAUCACUAGCAAUCCUUCUGUGGCCAGAAGCUCAGAGCAUGGACUUCCAGGAAGAUUCACCUCAAAUGGUUAGUUGACUACCACGGAAUUUUUUAUUUUCGUUGUAACAGAACAAACUAACAACUAACAAGGAAUUGUGUUAUUUAUAAAAAAAAUGUUUGUCUCUUUGAUACCCUGUAUUUAUUCCUUAAUUGUUUUUGUUACUGUAGAUUCCAUGGACAGAAGCACACCCUCUUGGUCAACACCAUCCUCGACAGCAAGACUGUCGCACAUGAAAGACAGCGUUGUUCCAUCCAGACCAUUGUCUGUACCAGAAUCGCAGUCACUCCAGAGCUCUUUCUCUAAUGCCAGCGUUGGAAACCGCGCCGAACCCGCAAGUACGGGUAGCGGUCAGAUUCAGUUAUGGCAGUUCCUUCUCGAACUCCUGUCGGACCCGAAGAACUCGACUUGUAUCGCUUGGGAAGGCGCGAAUGGUGAAUUCAAGCUCGUAGAUCCAGACGAGGUUGCCCGAAAAUGGGGCGAGCGUAAGAACAAACCGAACAUGAAUUACGACAAGCUAAGCCGAGCUCUGCGAUACUACUACGACAAAAACAUCAUGACGAAGAUCCAUGGCAAGAGAUACGCUUACAAGUUCGACUUUCAGGGAUUGGCUCAACUCAAUCAGCCAAUUACCUCAGACGCUCAAGCACAUGCACAAGCCGCCUACAAAUUCCCAGGUUCUGACUUUUACGCUGGCUUCCCCGCCGCUUCAUCGUUGUUCUCCCACCCAGCCGCUAACAGCUGCUACCCAAUGUCUUACUGGGCACGAGCACCACCCGCUUACCCACAGUCAAGACCCAUGUAUGGACCUCCGCUUGGCGCCGGAAUGACAUACUACGCUUAGAAUCUACGUGAAAAUAAAGGAACUUCAUAGAUAAAAUGACUUUUUCUGCUUCGAAUUUGCAGAAGAGGAUUUCGACAUUCCUUAGAGGAAUAAUUUUGUCAACCAAAGUGCUAUUUAUUUAUAGAAGAAAAAAGACAGAAGCUUGUAAUUCGUUUCUGAACAAAAAUCUUAAGACCAAAUGUAGGGACCAUGAUAAAUCUUUUAUUAAAAAAAAUCAGAACACACUUCCUUGAGUUGCAGCCACCCAAUAUUAGGGUGAUACUGCUAGUUUUGUUACAGAAAGCCUUCUUUUCAAAUACACCUUGGCAUGGUAUGUUUGAAACAGAUUCUUAUGUACAGUUUCUGUAAAUAUCAAAUAACAGUCAGUUAGGUAAUGUUCAAGUUAGUCCAUUACAUUUACGUUGAUGUUCGAAAGGAAACAGUGACUGUAUAUUUUAAGAGGAAUGCAAACUGCAUAAAAUAUUUAUGACACAAGAAACGUUUUAUAAAUAAUAUUGUAUAUUUGCUUAUGCGGAGAUCUUUAUAAAUUGUCAGAGAAAACAAAAUAGAUAAUUUAUAAUAUUUUACAAUUUUUGUACACGACUUGAAAUGUCGCAUAAUUUGGUGAGAAGGAAGACAACCACAUUGUUGGAUGUAAAUAAAAGAAAUAUGUUUUUAUUUCCUUU